CACAUGUAAUGAAAUAAACAAUUUUCAAUAAAUUUAAUAAAUAAAUAGUUUGCAACAUUAUACUUUAUAAACAAUGCUAGCUAAUAAUAAAGUGACCAAAAUUUGUGAAGUAUGCCGCGAUAAUAAAGGAGUCGCCACUCGAGUGUCCAUCGGAAGGCAAAUGUCGUAUAAAUUCAGUGACGAGAAAGAAUACAUACGAAAUGAUGAGGAAAAUAGGAUACGAAGACAAUUAAUCGGAGAAAAUAAACUCAAACAAAAUGAAUGCAAUGAAAGCGACAAUUCUGUAGACAUCACCAGUGAUAACAAUAGUGAACUAGUAUUACACAACGACUUUUUACACGAUAUAAUUGCCAACACAUUUGAGUUGAGUGAUGAGGAUCUGAAAUAUCAGAUCUCAGAGAUUGAGAGUUAUGUCACAAAUGAUACAGAAUUGCAUGAAUCCAGUGAUGAAAAUGAGUUAUCAUUGGAUAGACUAAUGGAGAAAUCGCACGCAUUUGCCAUCAAACCUGUAUUCCGUGAACUCACUGAUUAUAAUGGCUUAAAUCAACUUGAAUUCAGCCGGAUAUCCGAGUUGUUAAGCGCCACCACUAUAUUGAAGUCAUCCACGACCAAUAAUUUUGUUGAGAUAACUGAUAGCAACCAACUGAUGGCUUACAUGCGAGUGAAAUAUGAGCAGCAGUUUAGAAAACUUGUGAAUUUCACAAAAAUGUUGAAUUCAUUUACAACCGCCUGUCCGGACGAUCAGUAUUCACUCGCCAAGAAUAGCUGCACUGAAAUGCUCUGGCUCAGAUUUUUCACAUAUUUUAAUGAUGAUAAUAAUUCAUUGUUAACAGCAAUCAUAUUGUUUAACCCAAACCGACCUAAUCUAACGCACAGGCGUUACGUACAACUGGAACAACAAUUGUCGUGA